UGCCAGCGACGCUAUACUAAUUCUAUAGUCCAGGCAGAUUAGUAAAGGUCUGAUUGAUGCAAAAGCAAGCACAUUGUAGAUCUAUAUGAUACUUUCCAGUGUAAUUUUGUAAAUACAGUUAAGAAGUGGUAAUAAAACAAUAGUGCAGGCAACCAGUCUCUUACUCUACUGAAAGAAGAUGACUGGUUUGAAUUAAAUAAAAUAAAAAACUCAAUAUGUCACUAAAUGAAGAUUAACUAGAAUCUAGUAGAUUUAAAGACGUUAAAGUUGUAUUAAAAAAAACUUUUAGUUUGACCGAGUUUUUCAUCAGUGGUCAACAAUAAAUUAUAAAAAAAAAACAUUAUGGCGCUGGCAAAAGGAAAAUUUUCCUAUGGUAGACUGAAAGGGAAAGGAAUUAUCAGUGAUAGAGAAAUAAGAUUCAAGUGCAUUUUCCAAAACACAAUACUUGAUGUUCUUCGAGCUAGACCUGGAUGGCAAGAAGUACAGGGUGAUGGUGAGUGGGAUCUAUACUGGUGUGACAGAGAAUGGCUACAUGCAAACUAUGACAACAUGUUCUUACAGGAGCAUCAGAAAAUACUUCAUUUCCGUAACCAUUAUGAGUUGACCAGAAAAAAUUUGAUGGUGAAAAAUCUUAAACGUUUCCGAAAACAAACUGAUAAAGAAUUGGGUAAAGCAGACCAAGGAUGGGACUUCUUUCCUGCUACAUUUGAGCUCCCAUCUGAGUACCAUAUAUUUGUGGAAGAGUUCAAACGCAAUCCUGGAAUGAUAUGGAUUAUGAAACCUGCAGCCAAAUCUCAAGGAAGAGGAAUAUUUCUAUUCCGGAAACUAAAAGACAUAACAGAUUGGAAGAAGGGUGAAUAUCAACCUUUGGCAGAUCCUAAUGUACCUAAAGACAUUCCUGAGACAUACGUUGUUCAACGUUAUAUAGAUAAUCCAUACCUGAUUGGCGGGCGAAAAUUUGAUAUACGUAUAUAUGUUUUAGUAUUAUCUUUUAACCCUAUGAAGGUCUGGCUAUACAGAGGAGGAUUUGCGAGAUUCUCUAACAGUCGUUUUUCUUUGGACUCUCUUGAAGACACAUAUAUUCAUCUAACUAAUGUAGCAGUGCAGAAAACAUCACCUGACUAUGAUCCAGAGAAAGGAUGCAAAUGGUCUGCACAACAGCUCCGGAAGUACUUAGUUGCUAGGCAUGGUUUUAAUAAAGUAAAGAAUAUGUUCACUGCUGUUGACAACAUAAUUAUCAAGAGUUUACACAGUGUCCAGAAAGUCAUCAUAAAUGACAAACAUUGUUUUGAAAUGUAUGGCUAUGACAUUCUGCUGGAUGACACACUCAAACCCUGGCUUAUAGAAAUCAAUGCAUCACCAUCAUUGACUGCAAGUGGACAAGAAGAUUAUGACUUGAAGUUUGGCCUGCUCAAUGAUGUAUUGAAUGUAUUGGACUUAGAAAACCGCUUGAGUGGAAAAGAGAAACGCAUUGGUGGCUGGGAUCUUCUAUGGGAUGAUGGACCAGUGGUCAUUGAUGAGAUGUCUCAGGAAACUGGAUUAACUUCUUACUUGAGAGUCAACUCAUUCUUAGGAUGUCAAAAUACAAGAAAGGAACAACUGCGUGAGACAUACUCAUUAGCUGAAGCAUUCAAAUCUGCAGCAUCUACACACUCUUGAUGAUGUUAGUCGUCUCCUGGGCUCAGAACUUACCAGGAGUUAAAAGCUGGAGAAGAUUUACUCAUUCCAGCAAUAACAAUGUUACUAUAUAUAUACCCAGACAUGAUUUUAAAAUGUCAGUGUGUAAUUGAACUAAUAAAUGUCAAACUUAUGCCUAAUAAUUAAUUACAAGUUUGCAAUAUCAAAAGCAAAUCAACUUGAAUAUUCUAUUAAUUUAAAUUUAAAACAAAGUAAAUACUUCAUGACAUUAUUCUAAAAAAACACCCCUUUAAAUAUAAAAAUAGCACAAGGCCUUUCCCAGCAACACAUGUGAAGUGUUUUUAAUGUACAACUAUAACUCUGUAUUUUGCUGAGCCUAUGUUGUUUAUACAUACUUAUGUUAAAAAAAUCAAUCUUAUAGCUAGCAUCCAAGUAAAACCUGAAGAGUUCUAAUCACAUACUGCUCAUAUUAUAUGAACCAAAAUGAGAUUUUUUUUUUUUGAAAACCAUGAUACAUGACAUAAUCUGUUAUGAAUGUAAUAUUAUGUUAUACAAAUCAAGGCUGAACAAUAGAUGCAGCAUUAGUUAGACAUUCUGUUUAAUUAACACUUAGUGUUUAUUGUGUCUACCAAUGGUCAUGUUCUGUUUAACAAUAUUAGAAGUUACCUUGCUCACUACUCCAUUUACAUCAAACUCAGGACUGCAUUAAUGUUACCAUUUUAAACAAGCUCAACUAUCUUCUUUAGUAGUAUUUUAAUAUACUUUUGAUACCAUAACACAUUUUAAAUGUGUAUUUACAAUAAAGGGUAUAUUUUCAAUUAUACAGUAAAAAAAUAACUAGCUAAAUACAUUUUCUCAUCACCAAUAUCAUGAUCACAGCACAUCAUUUAAGUUUUUUUGUUAUGUACCUUGGGCCAUUUGAAAAUUGCACUGGAAUGUGUUUUGAUGACAUCAACAUCGAUAAAGAAAAUAUUUUGUAAAUAAAUAAAACAUCUGAUAUGCUAAAAUAUCAA